UCUUCUGUCCCGCACCUCCUUGUCAGCAUCUUGAAGCACCCAGCCUCUCCUGUCCAAGAGGGCGUUGGUAGCAGGUUCACGAGGGGCACGGGUGCAUGCGAGUGAAGAUUAACCUGAAACCUGGCGAUUGCCAUAGCCUUUUCGUGAACCAAGAUUUCGGAUCUGUGAGGUCCUCAAUUCGGCAUGGGAUUGGGGAGAUGGAGCCGCAAAGGAACCCACGUACUGGCGAUUUGACAUGAUGAGGAUCCUCAAGGCUGAAACAGGCACCGUUGAGCACAGGGCACUUAUCUCUACGGGAUCUAAACCAUCUAUAGCACUCAAUCCCAGUGGAUACUAUACAACCCGGGCGAAGACAAGGAUAGAGCUCCUCUGAAACACUGCAGGGUUUGUUGAUGGUUGAAACAAUCACGACUUUUCGGCCACAUAUUCCAAAACGGGCUUGCCAGAAGCUACCUACUACUCGGAGACUCUUAUCUACUGGAAAGAAAGCCCAGAGCAUCGACUUUUCUCCGGAUGGGUCCUGGACUCACAGAGCGGCAUCCACGGGCCAGGGGAGAUCUCCCGAAAAGUGCGGACGAAAUACUUCUGGAUCAAGACCCCGGAUCUACGUUUGUUGGUUCCAGCACCCCAUAAUGCCGUCCUCACCCCGAGCCGUGCUCUUUCUCUCCCUCGUCAUCCUCGCCCUCGUCGCCCUCAGCUCUUCCACCGCGGCCAAUCUCCCCCGCGCCGUACAGCAUACGGCCGUGUACGGCCUCGGGUCCUUCUGGUCGGCCUCGUUGCUUUGUCAGCUCGCAUCGGGCCGGGGUGUACUCCCUUUCCAAGGAACCACGAUCUGCGCUCCCGUCGGCGUGGGCGUCGGCACCAUGGUUGCGAGGGCGCAUAUCAAGUUGACCUAUGAUGACAAGACUUGGCUUUUGAUUCGGAUGAAGCUUCGGAAAUUGGGGCUUGAGGAUGUCAUCUGAUGCGGGUGUCGUCUGGGGUUCGCGGUUGAGAGCAAUUGAUGAGCUGGAUUGUAAUUUCGGGGGGCUCUUGUCGGUAGAGUGGCCUAAUAUCAAUAAUACCUUGGCUCGCAUGCCUAUUGCGGUUGCCGCACAUUGUACGCUCACGAAGCUGAGUUCACCCAGUCAUUUCUACUUGGUCAUCCUACCUUCGAAAAUAGCGAUUUUAAUGAACCUCUCACCAAUGCACGCACAUGCCUUGAUGGCGUCAGGGGUUUUGCUCAGGUUUGUGUCCCAUUUGACGUAGAUGGGUCAGUAAGGAGUUCUGAUAAAC